AUGAUGGGCUGGAUUGACCGGGUGGUGCCCCAGCCCCCAGUGCCCCACGUGGCAGAGGAGACCCCUGUGCAGCCAGCCAAGGCACCGACAGGAAAGGCCAGCGGCCUCGAGCUUGUCUUAUUUUCCUCUGCUGCUGUUGAAGAAACGGAAAAGAAAGUGACCUUUGUGGUUUCUGAGGACUCGAGUUCUGUGUUUGACAGUGUGGGGAGCAGUGUGCUCUCCUGGCUCUCCCAUGGGCUGGAGAAGGUGAUUCCCCAGCCAGCCCCAGCUCCAGGGCUGCAGGCACUCGGGAAGAGCUUUGAGACAAGCAUCGACAUUGCUGAUGAGACAGAGGUCCAGGUCCUUGGCGAUGAGGAAGACGAUGGUCUGGAGAUAACUCCCUUCGAUGCCGAGGAGGACGUCUCCGAGGGCGAGCCGGAGAGCGCCCCGGAGCAGUGGACAGGAAAACGGGUGCUCAGCUGGCUCUCACAGGGCUUCGAGAGGAUUUUGCCGCAGCCGGAGGGGAUGAAAAAGCCGGAGCCAGAGCCGAAGGAGAGGAGCGAAGGCGCGGUGGAAGGUGAGCGAUCCGAUCCACGACCCCCGGAUCCCCCCGGGCUGGGCGGGCUGGGCUGGGCUGGGCUGGCCUCGUCUCCAGGAUUCCCUCUGUGCCGGGAGGGGAUGUUCAGCUGGUUUGUCCAGGGGCUGGAGAAGGUGAUGCCACAGCCGGUGACCAGGGAGAAGCAGGAUACACAGGGAGUGCCCACAUCAACCUCGAGUCCUGUGGAACAAACUCAUGCAGCCCCUGGGGAGCAGGAGGAAACCCAGCUCAUCCUGAAGGAGAUGGAUGAUGGCCAGAUGAAUGAAGAGAUGGCAGCCUGGGCUCACCAGGCUGAGCUGCAGGCAGAUGCUCAUUCCCUUCCCACCAUACAGGAGGAGCCUCAGGAAGAAGAAGCCAGAGUCUGUUUGUGCUCCCCAAACACCGCCAAGGGGGACGAGGAAAAGGAGGAGGAGAAGGAGGAAGAGAGGAAGAAAGAAGAGGAGGAGGAGAGGAAAGAAGAGGAAGAGGAGAUGAAGCAAGAGGAGGAGGAGGAGAGGAAAGAAGAGAUGAAGCAAGAGGAGGAGGACAGGAAAGAGGAGGAAGAAGAGAGGAAGAAAGAGGAAGAGGACAGGAAAAAUGAGGAAGAGGAGAUGAAGCAAGAUGAGGAGGAGAGGAAUAAAGAGGAAGAGGAGAGGAAGAAAGAGAAGGAGGAGAGCAAGGAAAAUGAGGAAGAGAAGAGGAAGACAGAAGAGGAGGAGAGGUAUAAAGAGGAAGAGGAGAGGAAGAUAGAGGAGGAGGACAGGAAAAAGGAGGAAGAUGAGAGGAAGAUAGAGGAGGACAGGAAGAAAGAGGAAGAGGAGAGGAAGGAGGAGGUGAAGAAGAAAGAGGAGAGGAGGAAGAAGGAGGAGGUGAAGAAGAAAGAGGAGAAGAGGAAGAAAGAUAAGGAGAGGAAAAAAGAGAAGGAGAAGAAGAAAGAGGAAAAGAGGAAAGAGGAAGAUAAGAAAGAGGAGGAACAGGAGAAGAGUGCAGAAGCCCUGCUGCAGCCUCCUUGUGUCCCUGCUGAUGAGGGUGUGGAUGAAGCCUGCCUUGCCCAGGAGGCCCUCAGGGCUGAGCAGCUGGAGGAGGUUGAGAUAAAUAAUCUCCAAGGUGCCCUUGUGCAGGGGGAAGAGGAGACAGCUGAAGCUGCUGAAACCAAUGCUGAAGCAGGUCACCCCCCCACCGUGGAGAUCAAGGAUGUGGACAGCCCAGGCCGUGCUGUGGAGAUCCACGGCACCUAUGGAGAGCUGCCUGCUGCCGGCGCUCCCAACCUGCUGGCCGUGCCCGGCACUGCAUCCCCCAGGAGGAAGAGACUGCUCCCAGAGGAUGCUCUGGACAAAGAGAUGGUGAGCCAAUCCUCCAGCCAAGGGCUGGGCUGGGACCAGGAGCAGAGGGAAAGCCUCCCCGAGCGCAUCGGCUCAGCCUCGAGCCUGAGCAGUGCCAUCAUCAACACCCGGCUCCAGGAGCUGGUGAGGCUCUUCAAAGAGAGGACUGAGAAGGUGAAGGAGAAGCUGAUUGACUCUGAUGUCACCUCAGAUGAUGAGAGCCCCGUGGCAUCUCCCACCAAGCCAGCACCUGCAGCAGCAGCAGUGCCUGCCCCAGGAGGGGAGCUGGAGGGGGACAAACCUUUGGGGGAUGACCACUACUGUGAGAUGCUGUGCUGCACGUUCAAGCGCCGGCCCUGGCUGGGGCACCUGAAAAGCUUCCAGUUCCCCAGCAGCAUUGACCCCCUGACCAAUCUGAUGUACGUGCUGUGGCUGUUCUUCGUGGUCAUGGCCUGGAACUGGAACUGCUGGCUGAUCCCUGUCCGCUGGGCCUUCCCCUACCAGACUCCAGCCAACAUCCACUACUGGCUGCUGGUGGAUUACCUCUGUGACCUCAUUUAUCUGCUGGACAUCCUCAUCUUCCAGACCCGGCUGCAGUUUGUGCAGGGGGGAGACAUCAUUACUGACAAAAAGGCCAUGAAAGAGAACUACCUGCGAUCACAGCGCUUCAAGAUGGAUGUGCUGUGCCUGCUGCCCCUGGAUUUCUUCUACUUCAAAGUGGGUGUCAACCCCCUGCUGCGCUUCCCUCGCUGUCUGAAGUACCUGGCCUUCUUCGAGUUCAACAACCGCCUGGAGGCCAUCCUGACCAAGGCAUACAUCUACAGAGUGAUUCGGACCACUGCCUACUUGCUGUACAGCCUGCAUGUGAACUCCUGCCUCUACUACUGGGCCUCAGCCUACGAAGGGCUGGGCUCCACCACCUGGGUCUAUGAUGGGGAAGGAAACAGCUACAUCCGCUGUUACUACUGGGCAGUGAAAACCCUGAUCACCAUUGGGGGCCUGCCAGACCCCAAGACAUUGUUUGAGAUCGUCUUCCAGCUGCUGAACUACUUCACAGGGGUCUUUGCUUUCUCUGUCAUGAUAGGGCAGAUGAGGGAUGUGGUUGGUGCUGCCACUGCAGGACAAACGUACUAUCGGAGCUGCAUGGACAGCACCAUCAAAUACAUGAACUUCUACAGGAUCCCCAGAGCAGUUCAGAACAGGGUGAAGACGUGGUAUGAGUACACAUGGCACUCCCAAGGCAUGCUAGAUGAGUCAGAGCUGCUGGUGCAGCUGCCAGACAAGAUGAGGCUGGACAUCGCCAUCGACGUGAACUACAACAUCGUGAGCAAAGUGGCCCUGUUCCAGGGCUGUGACAGACAGAUGAUCUUUGACAUGCUGAAGCGGCUCAGAUCAGUGGUGUACCUGCCCAACGACUACGUGUGCAAGAAGGGAGAGAUAGGCCGGGAGAUGUACAUCAUCCAGGCGGGACAAGUGCAGGUGCUGGGCGGACCUGACGGCAAAUCCGUGCUGGUGACUCUGAAAGCUGGAUCUGUCUUUGGGGAAAUCAGCCUGCUGGCAGCAGGAGGGGGAAAUCGCCGAACAGCAAACGUCGUGGCCCACGGCUUCGCCAACCUUUUUAUUUUGGAGAAGAAAGACUUGAACGAGAUUUUGGUGCAUUACCCGGAGUCUCAGAAGCUGCUGCGUAAGAAAGCCAAGAAAAUGCUGAGGAGCAACAACAAACCCAAGGAUGAGAAGGGAGGCCCCAGAGAUGCCCUGGUCAUCCCCCCGAGAGCUGACACCCCGAAACUGUUCAGGGCUGCCCUGGCAGCCACGGGGAGGAAGGGGGGCAAAGGGCCCCUGGGGCGGCUCCGCUGGAGGCUGAGGGAGCUGCAGGAGCUGCAGGCCAUGCAGGAGGCGCAGGGUUGCAGUGUCAGCCCAACCCCACCAAAAUCCCCAGUGCACCAGAGAUCUCCUGUCACAUCCCGCAGAGCACGAACCCGCCUGGGAGAAGAAAUAUCCUCAGAAUCUCCUGAUCAUUCAGUCACCAUUCGUGUCAUUCCCACAGCAAAAGAAGAUGAGGAAAUCCUUGCUGCUGAGAUUUCAGAGAAAGAUGAAAAAAAAGAAGAGCAAUGA